AUGCAAAACAACUUGCAGCCCGCCGUUCUUUUCAAUAAAAAUCUAACAGACGACUGGCAAAAAGUCUCUGAUGAAAUGAAAAAAAGUAAAGGGUGGCGAGUCAGAUGUACGCUAUAUCAAUUUAUGAAUUAUUCUUUAUGGAUUCCUUUGAUCGUAACUCUCAUAUUUUCGAUAUUUUCAGAUAUUGAAGCUACGCCUGGAACUCCUGGGGAUAUCACUUUCCCAAAACCAAAUAUUACAUUCUUGUGCUUUUCUCAUGAGCAUUGGGACUGUUUGAGGAAUGAGAGAGAGAAAAAGAUGAUUAUUCAAAAUUUGACGGAUAGGAUUCAAAGAACAAAGCAACGACACGCUAAAGUUGUAUUACUAAUGUAUCUUCAUUCUUCAAAUAUACAACCGUUAUUUGAAAUUCAAACUAGACUAUUGCUUGGAUGUGUUAACAUCAACAUAAUUCCUAUGCAUAAUCCGCAAGAGGCGGUUAAUUUGAUUGACAUCAUUGCUAGAGGAUUUUUUCCGGAUAAACAACCACCAAUUGCUCAGCAAUUAAUCAUGGAACAAAAUCAAUGUAUUAACAAUCCGGCAAGUUUGACAGCUACAAACAAAUGGGUUCAUCUUGUCUCACAAAUGUCAGCGGGAACCAGAAAUCUACAAUUAAAUGAAGUCUAUUUUCUUCAAGAAGGAUUUCAAACGAUACAUAAUAUGGCUACAGCGAACUUGCCUCAAUUAUUAGAUUGUGCGUUGGAUCGCGAAACCGCACAGGAUGUAGUAAAGUUUUUCGAGGAAGACUAUGUCGCUUAA